AUCGGCCAAUGAAAUGAGGGUAAAAUUUUCACGUUACCAAUUUUCGACGUUUGAGUGACAUUUAUAUCAAAACUUACUUUCUAAUGAAUUCAAAAUAUCUUCUAUAUUUAGUUUAAUAAGUUUUAGAAACGAAAUGGACUAACUUAUAUGCCAAUUUGUGUAUUAAAUAGCUCAAAAAUGGAAAACGAAGUCAGCAGCGCAAAUGAGGAUAAUAAUAAUGACCCAUUCACAAGUGAAUUACAGAAGGAGGGUAGUGAAAAAGUUUCAUCCACAUCAACGGAGAAACGGAAAUCAUCAAAACCACUUAUGGAAAAAAGAAGAAGAGCAAGGAUAAAUGCAAGCCUGUCAGAGCUGAAAACUUUUCUUUUAGAUGCCAUAAAGAAAGAAGGUAUGAGACAUAAUAAAAUGGAAAAAGCCGAUAUCUUGGAACUGACAGUUAAACAAUUACGCCAACUUCAAAGACAACAAUUUUCAAGUAACCCAAAUAGUGAUACAUUUCGAAUAGGAUUUAUAGAAUGUGCAACCGAAGUGUCUACAUUCUUAAAAAGCUUGCCAAAUAUAGAACCAGAUUUGCAGGCAAAACUACUCGAGCAUCUUUCAAAAUGUACAUCAGAUAAAAGUAUAAAACUGACCCGGGAACCUCAUAUUACCCCUUCAAUUUCUUGCAAACAUAAAGACCAAGAAUCAUCCAGUUCAAACGAUUCUUCAUAUUGUUAUAAUCAGAAUGAACGUUAUUCUAACCAACCUUCAAAUAACAGUGAUAAAUCAGGACGAAUUCAGUUGACUUCCGCUUUAACAAGAGAUUACUGUACAUCUCCAGAGUCAUUGAGAACAGUAGAACAACCAAAUAUAAUAGUACAGGGCCCAUCAACUUCUAAUGGAAUCAUACAAAAUUCUGGAUCUAUAAAUUUCCGAGAGACUAACACUAUGCAAAAUGUUCCUUUAAAUUCAGGACUAACAGUUGGAAAUAUAUUCAGUGGGUUAAAGGUUUUGCCCGUUAAACUUCAAACUGGUGAAACAACGUUUAUUAUUCCGACUAAUAUUGUGCCAGGUUCAUCCAUUCAAAACUGUGUCUUUCCAGUAAUGACGUCGAUUGACUGGGCUAAAAUUUCGACGCAACCGCAGUCGUUGUUUUAUAUGAAUACAUCGUCAAGUGAUACAAUGACACUGAAUAGUGGUACAGAUCAUACUGUUCAAAAUAUGAAUAACAGGAGAGAAAAUCAAGUCGGAAUAAGUACAUCUUCCGAAUCAAAUAUACUUAACCUCAGCAAUAAUGAACGAAGAGACAGUUCUCAAAACAAUAUGACUAUAAAUAGAAACUCGGCACAUCCAUAUGACAAUAGAAGUCGGGAAGAAAUUCAAAGACCGGUUUGGAGACCUUUCUAAAACUUUCGAUUAACAAAUGGCAUUUUGUUGUGUACUGAAGGAUUCUAGCGACUUUGUUUCCAAAAAUAAACAAACAAUGCAUUAAACUCUA